UCGAUCAUACAUUAGAACCUAAAUUGGGAUUAAUCUCUUCAUUAUGUCCGAUCCUUGCGUCCUCCGCGAUAUAGCUGUGGUGACCGCAUACUUGCGUCAUAGGCUCUGGGAGACAAUAUAGGAGGGUUGGAGAUGUUUUUCUUUUCUUUCAUGAACUAUGACCACAGAUAAUACAAACACUACUACUAGUACUACGAAGAAUGAAAGUGGGAGUGGAGGAGGGUUUGGGAGUAAGCUCAAAGGAGCCGCUCAAGUCAUCCACGGGUUCGGUGAUAAUAUUCGAGGCUCAGCACUUGGAGCUGCCGAUCGUGCUACGAGCUCUACAACUGGCGUGCAGAAGAAUGAUGACCUUGCUGCAAAGGGCCGUGCUGAGAUUGCCGAGGGUAUGGCAAUGAUGAAAGGUCAUGCGCCCGCGGCUCAAGGUGCCCCUACCGAAACGACACCGGCUGGAACGGCACCCCCUGGAACGGCGCCUGCUGAUCAAGGUACGACUGCGGAAGCUGGGACCGGAGCAGGUACUGGUACCACGACUGGGACUGGCGCAGGUACUGGAGCCGUAACUGGCGCCGCAGGUGGCGCCGCAGUUGGCGGUGCUGCUGCAGGGGUGACGGAUCAAGAUCGGCAACAGGGAACGGGUGACGAAAAAUCAAGUGCAGUUGGGGGAAAGACUGAACCUGAGUCAACAGGUUCGGGUGCUGCUCAGACUGGUCGCGAGGCUGCUGUAGGCGCAGGGGCAGUACAGGGUCAAGCUGGGACUGGAGCAGGUACUGGCGCCACAACUCGGACUGGCGCAGAUACUGGGGCCGUACCUGGGACCGCAACUGGGGGUGCUGCUGCAGGGGUGACGGAUCAAGGUCGGCAACAGGGAACGGGUGAUGAAAAAUCAAGUGCAGGAAAGACUGUACCUGAGCCAACAGGUUAGUGUUUUUCAACUUUACUUCCCCGGUCGACGGGAUAAUUAUUUUCAAUCAAGGUCCGGGUGCUACUCAGACUGGUCAUGAGGCUGCUACAGGCGCAGGGGCAUUG